AUGCCACCACCAGAUAAAGCAAGAAGAGACGUUCUCAUUUCUAAAGCGUUAUCAUAUUUACUCAGACAUGGCGCUGAAAAAGAGAAACUAUCCAUUGAUGAACAAGGAUACGUGAAAAUAUCCGACGUGUUAUCGCAUCAACGACUCAAGAGCUUGAAAACAACUAUAGAGGACAUCGAAAGAAUUGUACGAGAAAAUGACAAAAAAAGGUUUACAAUUAGAGAUGAAAUGAUAUGUGCCAACCAGGGCCACUCGUUAAAGGCAGUCAAAAAUGAUAAUUUAGUUCCGAUGACCAUUGACGAGUUAAACCAAUUGCGUAUUUAUCAUGGAACUUAUAAGACUAAAUUGCCGAUAAUAAAGUCCAGUGGUGGGUUGAGUAGAAUGAACAGAAACCAUAUACAUCUCACUUGUGACCAAUAUGCAACAUGCUCGGGGAUAAGAUAUAACGCUAAUGUGUUAGUUUAUAUUGAUGCAUCGAAAUGUAUUGAGCACGGUAUUGUGUUUUACAAGAGUUUAAACAAUGUGAUCUUGACAAGUGGAGAUAAGGAUGGAAAGAUUAGUUGGGAGUUUAUAGAUCGAAUUGUUGACCUUGAAGGUAAGGAAAUCUACAAAGAGGAAAUCUAG